AGUACGUUGGUGAAAUGAAACAGAGGAAAAGGAGAGCUCUGCAUACAUAAAGAGGGAGAGAGAGAGAGAGAGAGAGAGACUGCAUUCUGGUGGCAGAUGAUACGUCGUCGCUGAAAGGAUUGAUUAAGGUCUUGGCUUAAACCAAGAUUAGAUCAGUUAUGGCUGCAUGUUCUUCUCUUCUCUUUAGACUUCUUUUGGUUCUUCUCACUUUCUCAGAUUCAACAGUCCAAAUCCUUGGUCUUGGAGUUGGAAUCAACUACGGGCAAAUUGCAAACAAUCUUCCUUCUCCUAGCCGUGUCUCCUACCUCCUCCGAUCCCUCAAUAUCAGCAGAGUAAAACUCUAUGAUGCAGAUCCAAAUGUUCUUGUUGCCUUCUCCAAUACAAAUGUUGAGUUCAUUAUUGGACUGGGGAAUGAGUACCUUCAGAACAUGACUGAUCCUAUCAAAGCUCAAAACUGGGUUCUGCAGCGAGUUCAACCCCACCUUCCUCAGACCAAGAUUACUUGCAUCACUGUGGGGAAUGAGGUCUUCAAAACCAAUGAUCAUCAGCUAUGGUCUAAUCUCCUCCCAGCAAUGCAAACACUUUACAAUACUCUUGUCGAUCUUGGUCUUGAUAAACAAGUAGCUGUCACUACCGCGCAUUCUCUUGAUAUCUUGAGUGUGUCCUUUCCUCCUUCGGCAGGGGUUUUUAGGCAAGAUCUUGGAGAAUAUCUACAUGAAAUUUUGAAUUUUCAUGCUCAGAUAAAAUCACCUUUCUUGAUUAAUGCUUAUCCCUAUUUCGCAUACAAGGAUAAUCCGAAUGACGUGUCACUAGACUAUGUGCUUUUCCAACCUAAUCAAGGGUCAGUGGAUCAAAUGACCAAUUUGAAAUAUGAUAAUAUGUUGUAUGCUCAAGUUGAUGCUGUGUAUUCAGCUAUCAAAGCAAUGGGGCAUACAGAUAUUGAAGUCAGGGUUUCCGAGACAGGUUGGCCUUCCAGAGGGGAUGAAAAUGAAGUGGGAGCUACACCAGAGAAUGCAGGAUUGUAUAAUGGCAAUCUGUUGAAAAGGAUAGAAGAGAAACAAGGCACACCGGCUAAAUCAAAUGUCCCAAUUGACAUAUAUGUUUUUGCUCUUUUCAACGAGAAUUUAAAGCCUGGUCCGGUAUCAGAGAGGAACUAUGGCCUCUAUUAUCCUAAUGGUACACCAGUUUAUAACAUUGGAGUGCAGGGUUAUCUUCCAGAGUUGGUAGAUCCAUCAGCUAGCACAAAGAAUGGAUUUUCUGUCUUCAUUCUUCUGAUCUUGGUUAUAGCAUACAUAAUCUCCUCUUGAAAGUAUGUGAAUUUGGCAAGCGAGGGAGGUAUCAUAAGGGAAAACAGUAUUGCCGAAGAUAAUUCAAAUUCCAGAGGAGAGGAAAUUUUAGGCAUUAGUUAGAAUUUGUUUCUCGAGACAUGAAGAAAGUGACGAGGGUUGAAUCUGAAUUGCUGAGCCGCCAAUCAAGCAAAAUCUAAUGCUUAUGGAUCGCGAGGUUAAAUUAAUCAUCGUGAUUGGUGGCGUAAUUAAUUUCGUUGAAUAUGUAUCAUAACUUGCAUGGACCUAUGCGAGAUGUCUCAUCAUGCUAUUGAUAAGUUGGAAACGUGUUUGUCGUGAAAUGUGUCUUUUGACUCCAAGAUCUAAAUCCUUCUUGGCAUCUCAUAGCAAAUUCAAGAAGGUUUAUCAUCUUCCUACACAAACUAAAAAAUAAUUCAUGUUAGAGCUCUUUGAGAGA